AUGGCCCCCAUACAGCAGACAUUCUCGUUGAUCCCUGAGCUGCCCUCGGCGCUCAAUGGCGGGGAACAGGCCGGCAAGCUCUCGAGACCACCCAUGACGACCAAGCAGGCGAAGAAAGCCUACAAGGCCAAGAACAACGGUCCGAAGCUCUCCAAGGCCGAGCAGCGCCGUAUAGAGCUCAUGGAGCAAGAUCGCAUCCGACGCGAGUUCGAGAAAGAGCGCAACCAAGCAAGAGCCAGGGCCGCCAGGGACAAGCGGAAAGAAAAAGAAGAGAAAGAGAACGCCGACAAGAAGAAAAAGGGCCUCCCCCUUGUGAACGUCCAUCCGUCACAGGACACCCUGGCACGUUUCGUGAGGAAACCUAUGACCCCUGUACCAGAACAAGCAAAGAACGGCGAGACGAAGGAGCCACAAGCACCAAGCGGUGAACCAAGGAACCAGGAAUCCAUACCAGUACUUGUUGCUCGUCCCGAGGCAUAUAACAGUGAAGGGACCUUGUCAGCCGGAGAUGAGACUGAAAGGCCGGCCAAGCGACAGCGGGUUGGUAAAUCACCCAACCUUCAGGAAGUUCUUGGACCUGUCCCACAUAAUAUGUUCACACCAAAAGCCCAAAAACCGGAAGCAGAAAUAGAACUCAGAACAGAUAAGCUACCCGUGAUUUCGGCAGUGGUCUCCCAAAGAGAGCCUGCACAAAAGACGAGCCGUUUUGUUCCAGAUGAUGCUACUAUCGAGGAACUGGUCAAUCACCAAAUUUUCAGCGAGUCAUUCUCUGCCGAUGAUGGUCUAUUUGAUGAUAUCGACAUCGAAGCCAUCAAGGUGAAACCUACCGUUGACGACGCCGCACAACGAACGAAACUGGAUGGACCUCCUCCCAGACCUCCUGACUGUUCGCCGGUCAUCGGGAAACAGAACGUAAAGACUCAAAAUCGCAAAGAGGAAUAUCGGAACUAUAAAGAGAUCAAUUCAGGAAGAAUGGAUUGUCACAGUGUAUCGAAUGCUACACCACGACAAAGAGUUGGAGACCCAAAAUCUCGGGGAAUUAACGAGCCUCGUCAAGACCCCCUUCACACAACAAACCAAGAGAAAUCCACUGUAGAGAGAAUUACUACGCAUCAAAUUCUACCAGAUCAUUCGAAGCAAUCCGAAGAGCUAGUUGACGGGCCUCUGCAAACCCUUGCUAACACCAAAUCACCCUCCGGCUAUGGGGCGCCGAAACAAUCUCGUAGGUUGUUGAUUGUGGCCGAGCAGGAUGACCGAAAACCAGUCCGUGAAAUGACUUCUAAUGAAUGCGGUCAGGUCAGAUCGCACAUUGUGGCGCAAAAGGUGGUCAUGAAAGCACAAGCCGAGAAACAGCCCCAGGAGAAGCCGCUGAAGCCAAUAUUGGCAAAGCAACGGGUGGCAUUUUCUAAACCUGACUCUUUUCGGUCUCCUAAGACGCCUAUUAUGGGUCCACCACCUGUCCCGCCUAAAUUCAAGACAUUUUUAUCCACGUCUGGCAUCAUCGCAAGUGGAAAAUUCAGGUUUCUGCCUCAGAAAUCACCCUCGAGCGUGUCACGAGAUGAGCAAAAUCAAUGUACAACCAGCCACGAGAGCACACUAUCGGCUCCACCGCCUAGCACACAGUCAUUCUUGUUCAACAACCUGGACGACCUCUUUCCAAGCCCUUCUCAAGAAGUUGCCGAGAUCUUUGAACGACCUCUUGGUGCAAGACAUGGCAUUUCUACUCGCCCAAAGACUGCUCCGCCGCCUCCACGCUUCAUGCCGCCUGCUUGCGAGAGGCCCAAGACAGCAAAUAACUUGAGCCGCCAUAUUACCUCGAGGUCUCUUUCACGGGACUCGGGUAUCACAACAACAGCAAAGUGUCAGGAAACCUCGUUGGCGCGUACGACAAGUGCGAAGGUCGUCCAGUACCAAGCGCCAUCGGCACCUAUCAAUGAUUUCAUGUCAUUAUUAUCAACUCAAGAUGUUUCAUUAUCAUCAGAGGACCUCAUGGAGCUUGGGGACGGGGCUUGCUCACCAACAAAAAUCCCGGAGGCAGGGAAUAGUCCUACGUUUCAAGAUGAUUCAUUGAUUUCAUUACACUGUACCUCUAAUAUACACCUCAAUCACGGGUAUGAUGAUCUCCAGACUCCUUGUGGAAAGCAGCACAAUACCAUGAACAUAGGCACAACACCUGCGGCAAGCAAAACGGAUGCUCCAACCACGGAAGAUAGGGUGCUAGGGUCCAAUUAUCAACCGCAGCAUUCAAGCGGUUUGCCCGAGACACCUUCAGGUGCAUAUCCUCGUGUAAAGAAAGCAUCUCGCAACGGUACACCGGUAGCUAUGGAGCAGGCGCAUAAGGCUUCGCGAUGUCAAGAAGACGCAGAACCUAAUUCCUCUUUCAUGGACGAUGAAAUUGCAGAACUUCUAGACAUGGACUUGGAAAAGGAAGCCGUGGCUGGCCAAAAGAACACCGAGGCCAUCCGUUCAGCAAAUGACCAGCAGACACCGGUAGGAACACGACCGUCUCCAAAACCAUUCUUCACAUCUAGCGGUACCAAAGAAAAGGUAUAUUUAGCCAUUGAAAAAACUAAACACACAGCUUGGCGAGAUUUAGACGCACAACGGCAAGCCCAGCAAGAUUUAGACAUCCUUCUAAAGCAAGAAGAUGAAAAACAGGAACGAGUACUAUUGACCAAGAUGCUCGAGGAAGAGGAGGAGAUUAUUGAGACCUCGCAACCAGAUCCUCCUCGUAGAAAUGGCAACUUCCUUCAAGGUUUGCCGAGAAAAGAAGCAGGCAAUAUCAUACCCCAAAGCCAGAGAAGCAAGACUAGUACGCCACCGGCUCGCCGGCGGAGCCAGCCACAGAGCUCAUUCGAGAAGAUGCUGCAGAUGCUCGAUAAGUCAAAGAAUGACCAGAACGUGAUCUGUGCAUCUCAGGAGAGCGAUUAUGGUUGGGAUGACGAUGACAUGAUUGAUGUAUAG